AUGUCCUAUCACCCACUGCAGGGCACACGCACCUACUUCAACAGCCAGGAGACACGCCAUGCUGUACCACAGCAGCUAUUGCCUAUGAUCAAGAGAGAUGGCUCAGUGGUAAAGAGGAUGGGAUCAGUUCCCACCACCUACACUGGACAGCUACAACUUGCAGGAGUCUUAGCCCAGCCACGGAAAGCUGAGCUGGGUCCAAGGAAAGAACAAAGAGCAGGAGACGCCCUGACGACCCCGCGGGUCUCGGGAGUUACUGGGCCACAUUACAUGUUGUCCAACUUAAGAACAUUCCCCAUCUUGGAAAAACAAAACAGGAACAGCAAAAUCCCAGGCCUGGAGGACACAGAGUCUGAGUUUUUUAUUGUGGCACAAUUAGAAUCUGGUUUUAUCCAAGGGCAUGUCAGUGGAUGCAAGGGGAAGAAAAGAAAGAAUAAAAUGGACAACCACCAUUAUUAUCAGCUCAUCUCUCAAGUUAAGAGUUAUGACAUUGCAACUGCUCUAGAAAAUCAAAGCCACAAGGUUCGGUAUUCAGACACAUUGGAAAGAAGAUCGAUUGUGUUCUCUCUCUCCGGAGUUGCAUUUUUAUUGAUGGAUGCUAAAGAAUGUAUGAUGUCAGCUGAGGAAAUAUUUCUAACCAAAAUUGAGAAGUUUAUUAACAUUCACCAGAAUAGUUUUUUGGUUCUAUUUGCCCCACUCCAUGGGCCUGAAGAAUGGACUCUCAUGUUCAGGAUUCAUCAGAGGUUCUUGGGCAGUAACUUAAGAAUAUUACCUGUCCACAACACAGUAAAUGCGGUUGACCUUAUGUGCACUAUAGCUAAGACUACCUCCAAGCCAAACAUAGACAGCAUCUGCUAUAGAAUGAUAACAACCAAAGCUUACAUCAUAGAGCAAAGCCCUGUUUGGAGAACACUCCAAAAGAUAAAACUGAGUACUGAUUCAAUUAGUCCAAAUUCAGACUAUUGAUCACAAAUGUUCUUUCAGAAAAAUAUCAAACUUAUUAAAUUAUGUCUAUUUAUGUAUACA